UUUUAUCUUUUUGUGUGGGCUACUGUGCAGCAAGAUUUGAGUUUCUGCUUUAAAAUACUACUGGUAAUAGUAGUGGGGAAAAUAAUGUCCAAACUAAUCUUUGUUUUCCUCGUUUGGUGUUUUUACCUGAAAUACACAUUAGAGUUUUUUGCAAGAGUGCAUUCUUACAUUUAAAUCUGCGUUACCUGUCUCACCGACUGUGUGUGUAUUAUGCAAGUAAAAUACACCUUUUGUAAAAUAAAGGCAUUCUUUGAUUUCUGUGACUUUUUUAGCCCUAAAGUAGUGAAUUAGCUGUGACUGAAACACUUUUCAUGAAUAGUUAAUAUUUUUUAAAUUGAAAAUGUAGCAGCUAAGUGUUGGGAGGUACUCAAAUUCAGAAGUCUAAAGCAUGUGAAAUAGUUCUUUGGGACACAGCUUAACAUUUCCAAUACAUUUUCAGAUAGUUCUUCCUUUUAAAAUACAGGACUGCUGAUACAACAUCAUGGUUUUGAAAAACAGUAAUUAAAAGUUAAUGGUUUUUAGAAGCCUGGCAUGAUAGAGGAUGUCACAAGUAAGGCCUCUGCCUUCAAAGAGGUAGUAAUCUUUGCUGUUUACCCCAUGAUGGCUGAAAUUUCUUGUACUUCCUUGCAUAACUGUUAAGCAUCUACUGCAUGACUGUGUAGGGUAUUUUGAGAAAUACAAAGAUGAGAAGUUUCUGCUUUCACAGACAAGCUAGGUGGGUAGUACUACACGUAAAUGCUCCAUUUACCUUUCAAUACCUAGUUAAGUUUCCUAAACAACACAAAAAUCCUCUCAGAAUUCAAAUGCAAAAGAGCUAGAGCUUGGAUCUCUUUUGGCAAGGUAGGGUUAGGAGGGAGCUUCUGGCUUCUUGGUUUUGAAGGAUAACUAUAACUUUAAUAAACAGGCAAAGGUAAUCCAAACAGAAGGAUCUAAGAGAGCACCGAGUUCAUAUCUUUGGGGAGAGGCAAGUAAUUGAUUUGGGUGGAAGAUAAAGUACUUAUGCCAGGAUAAAGGGUGAUAAAACUUAAGUAAAAAUUUGGACCAGUUUAUGGACUGUUUUUAAUGCCAGGCUAACAACCUUAGAUUUAUCAGGCAGUGAAAAUCCCACAGAUGUUUUGAGUUGAGAGGGAAAUAAUUUUUAAGACUUUGUUUUAGGAAGAUUAAGCAGGUAGCAGUAUGUAGUAUGAAUUGGAAUUGAGGUGUACAAAGUGAAUUGGAGACUUCCCAAUGGCUGUGGUCACACAGGUGGGGAGGGUCUGAGGUAUGGUGGUAGUAAUGGGAAUGGAAAAAAGAAAAGAAAUAAAAUGGACAAAAUUUGAUGAGAGGGAAAAUGAAGCAAGAAUAAGUGACUGCGAUCCAAGUUGGUUAGGAGAAUGGUGGUACCAUUUUGGGGAAGAUCCAUGGAAGCUUUACACUCAGCAGAUGUGUGCUACUUUUUAGCGUUUUGAGGAUUACUAAUUCUGGGCAAAACUAAAAGAAAUGUGCUGGCCUGGAAAAUUUCCAUAUGUACCUAUACUUUGUGGAUAUAAUUUUAGGAGAGUCUACGGACCACAUGAAGCUCAUUCAUGAAACUCAAGAGCUAAUCAGUUCAUUUGGGGGCAGUCCUCAGAAUUACCGGGAGCUUUUUAAAACAGUGAAACCUUCAGAUUCUUCCAUUCACUGAUUAGAACACCUACGGUAGACCUGCAGUAUGUAGACACAUCUAGAGAUACACUAUUGGAUUUGUUUUGUGGUGUACAGAAAAUUUUGACUAACUUCUGUUAUUUGCUGUUGUAUUACAGGACGAACUAUCCCAAGAGGUUGAAUGAUUUGCCCUAAGUUUCCGUGUCUUACCUUAACUUCAUCCUUGUUAAAACCAGGAAUUUUGUGUUUUCACUGACCAUUGUCUUUCCAGUGCCUCAGAGUGCCUGUUAACUUCACUGAGGAAAUGGGAGCCAUUAGGGUUGUCUCCUCACCAGACUAUGAGCUCCUUGAAAGAGGAAACUGUGUCUCACUCAUCUUUGUAUCCCCAGUGUGUAGCAUUGUUCCUGAUACAUUGUUUUAGCUGAAUUUUGGGACAUGGCCACUGCUUCACCAAGGUCUGAGACUAGUAAUAACCACAGUGGAAGGUUACAGUUACAAGUAACUGUUUCUAGUGCCAAACUAAAAAGAAAAAAGAACUGGUUUGGAACAGCAAUAUAUACAGAAGUGGUUGUAGAUGGGGAAAUUAAGAAAACAGCAAAAUCCGGUAGUUCUUCUAAUCCAAAAUGGGAUGAACAGCUAACUGUAAAUGUGACCCCACAGACUAAAUUGGAAUUUCGAGUUUGGAGUCAUCACACUUUAAAAGCAGAUGCUUUGUUAGGAAAAGCAGUGAUAGAUUUGAAACAAGCUCUGUUAAAACAUAAUAGAAAAUUGGAAAGAGUGAAAGAACAAUUAAAACUUUCCUUGGAAAACAAGAAUGGCAUAGUGCAAACGGGUGAAUUGACAGUUGUGCUUGAUGGAUUGGUGAUUGAGCAAGAAAAUCUAACAAACUGCAGCUCAUCUCCAACCAUAGAAAUACAGCAAAAUGGUGAUGCCUUACAUGAAAAUGGAGAGCCUUCAGCAAGGACAACUACCAGGUUGGCCGCUGAGGGUACUAGUGGAAUAGAUAACCAUGUACCUGCAAACACGUCGGUCCAAAACUCAUCCAGUUCGUGUGUAGUUAAUGGAGACACCACAUCUUCUUCUCUGUCUCAGGUUGCUGCCAGACCCAAAAAUACACCAGCUCCCAAACCACUCACAUCUGAGCCUGCCAAUGACACUGUUAAUGGAGAAUCAUCCUCAUUUGCACCAACUGAUAAUCCUUCCGCCACCGUGACUCCACUAGUGUCUGAAGAAAACGCCUUGUCUUUAAAUUGCACUAGUACUACCAUCGAAGAUCCUCCAGUUCAAGAAAUAGUGACUUCCUCUGAAAACGAUGAAUAUAUUCCUUCCAGCAGUGCAGAAUUGGGAGCUGAAGUGAGAAGUGUAUUGGACAGUGACACCUCUAAUUCUGGAAGUAAUUCUGCUUUUGAAGCAGCCAAAUUGAGACAGCCAGAUGGGUGUGCGGAACCUGUGCGGCAGCAGUCGGGAAAUGCCAGCACAGAGACUUUGCCCUCAGGGUGGGAACAGAGAAAAGAUCCUCAUGGUAGAACCUACUAUGUGGAUCAUAACACUCGAACUACCACGUGGGAGAGACCACAACCUUUACCUCCAGGUUGGGAAAGAAGAGUUGAUGAUCGUGGAAGGGUUUAUUAUGUGGAUCAUAACACCAGAACGACAACUUGGCAGCGGCCUACCAUGGAGUCUGUCCGCAAUUUUGAACAGUGGCAAUCUCAGCGGAACCAAUUGCAGGGCGCUAUGCAACAGUUCAACCAGCGAUACCUCUAUUCGGCUUCAAUGUUAGCUGUAGAAAAUGACCCAUAUGGACCUUUGCCACCAGGCUGGGAAAAAAGAGUGGAUUCAACAGACAGGGUUUACUUUGUGAAUCAUAACACAAAAACAACCCAGUGGGAAGAUCCAAGAACACAAGGUUUACAGAAUGAAGAACCCCUGCCAGAAGGGUGGGAAAUUAGGUACACUCGUGAAGGUGUUAGGUACUUUGUCGAUCAUAACACAAGAACAACAACAUUCAAAGAUCCUCGCAACGGGAAGUCAUCCGUAACUAAAGGUGGGCCACAAAUUGCUUAUGAGCGCAGCUUUAGGUGGAAACUUGCUCACUUCCGUUAUUUGUGCCAGUCUAAUGCACUACCCAGUCAUGUAAAGAUCAAUGUGUCCCGACAGACAUUGUUUGAAGAUUCCUUCCAACAGAUUAUGGCAUUAAAACCCUAUGACUUGAGGAGACGAUUAUAUGUAAUAUUUAGAGGAGAAGAAGGACUUGAUUAUGGUGGCCUAGCAAGAGAAUGGUUUUUCUUGCUUUCACAUGAAGUUUUGAAUCCAAUGUAUUGCUUAUUUGAGUAUGCAGGCAAGAACAACUAUUGUUUGCAAAUAAAUCCAGCAUCAACCAUUAAUCCAGACCACCUUUCAUACUUCUGUUUUAUUGGUCGCUUCAUUGCUAUGGCGCUAUUUCAUGGAAAGUUUAUCGAUACUGGUUUCUCUUUACCAUUCUAUAAGCGAAUGCUAAGUAAAAAACUUACUAUUAAGGAUUUGGAAUCUAUUGACACUGAAUUUUAUAACUCCCUUAUCUGGAUAAGAGACAACAACAUUGAAGAGUGUGGCUUAGAAAUGUACUUUUCUGUUGACAUGGAGAUUUUGGGAAAAGUUACUUCACAUGAUCUCAAGCUGGGAGGUUCCAAUAUCUUGGUGACUGAGGAAAACAAAGAUGAAUACAUUGGUUUAAUGACAGAAUGGCGUUUUUCUCGAGGAGUACAAGAGCAGACCAAAGCUUUCCUUGAUGGUUUUAAUGAAGUUGUUCCUCUUCAAUGGCUACAGUACUUUGACGAAAAAGAAUUGGAGGUUAUGCUGUGUGGCAUGCAGGAGGUCGACUUGGCCGAUUGGCAGAGAAACACUGUUUAUCGACACUAUACGAGAAACAGCAAGCAAAUCAUUUGGUUUUGGCAGUUUGUGAAAGAGACAGACAAUGAAGUAAGAAUGCGACUGUUACAGUUUGUCACUGGAACCUGUCGUUUACCUCUGGGAGGAUUUGCUGAGCUCAUGGGAAGUAAUGGGCCUCAAAAGUUUUGCAUUGAAAAAGUUGGCAAAGACACCUGGUUACCAAGAAGCCAUACAUGUUUUAAUCGCUUGGAUCUACCACCAUAUAAGAGUUAUGAACAACUAAAGGAAAAACUUCUUUUUGCGAUAGAAGAGACAGAGGGAUUUGGACAAGAAUGAACAUGUGGCUUCUUAUUUUGGAGGAGCUCUUGCAUUUAAAUACCCAACCAAGAAAAAUUGCACAGAUAGUGUAUAUAAGCUGUUCAUUCUGUACAGUGAAUUUUCUGAACCUCUCAAAGUAUAAAUGUUUUUCGUUCUUCCACAGAAAUAUGCAAAACAAUUCAUCCUUUUCUACUUUAUUUAUUGUUCCCUUGAAAUGACUGACCAGGAAAAAGAUCAUCCUUAAAUUUUGAAGCAAGCAAGAGACUUUAUUAAAAAUAAGAAGUAUAUAUCUAUAUAAGCAUAUAUGAUAGUGGCUCUAGUUUUAUAGAGCUCCAAGUGUAUUAAACAUGACAGCCAUUCAUUCAAAGAGAUCUGGAUUUGCUUUACCUUGUUUGUAUCAUCCAGGGGAAAAAGUGCGACUUGCUCCGAGGUCUUCUCCCUUAUUAACAUCUCCUAAGGGGUGUUUAGCUGCAUGGCUGUUCAGGAAGGUAUUAAGGGCUUAGGCCAAAUCUUACUUUGACUAUGUUUCCCAAAAAUGCUGCUGGCUUUUCUGAAGACAGGUGCUUAAACCUGUCAAUCUGUUUUAAAUAAAUACAAUAGUUAAAAA